CGGAUAGUUGAACAGGUGCUUUCGUUUGGAGAUAAAUGGAGCGCACCAUGCACGUUAUGAAUUAUGAACUGUUCAAACACUAGGGGAAAUAACAGAAAAAAUCAAUGACUGGCAAAAUUCUUCCUAGAACCCAAUCAAUACAACGUUGAUUCUGUUCAAUCGAGUGAUAGAUUGAUAAAUUUGCAUAAAACAGUGUCAUUGUGAAAACUGACACAUGAAACGAUAUUUUAAACUUCUAAAAUGCAUAACAUAAUUUGACGAAAUUAAGUCUUUAUUUUUCAUGUUCCACUCUCUCAUCAGAAAUGGUUGAACCAGGCCUCAAGCUAUCCAACGGACCGGGUGCCCUCUGUAAGGUAUGCGGCGACCGUGCAUCUGGUAAGCACUACGGAGUUCCAUCAUGUGACGGUUGCCGAGGGUUUUUCAAGCGUAGCAUCAGAAGGUACAACUUAAAUCUGGAAUAUGUGUGCAAGGAGGGUGGAAAGUGCGUCGUCGACGUAUCCAGACGAAAUCAGUGCCAGGCGUGUCGAUUCGCAAAGUGUCUGCAGGCCAACAUGCGGCGUGAAGCUGUUCAACACGAACGCGCCCCUCGCAAUUGUGCUCCACUUGCAGCAAUGAAUGGGAUAAAUCCUUCCGAUUUCUACCCCUCGCGAGCCUUCGCGAUGCCGCAGACAAAUCUAUUCUUCCCGCUUCCCCUGCACAUAACAGCAUCGUCGGCAUUCUCCCCCAUGGAUCCGACACGAUUCAUCCCGCCAUAUGGAGGAGGUGGUACAGCAAUGUUCGAUCACUUCCCGCCGACGGCAUUCAGUACAUCUUCGGUGCCACCACCCUUGGCCAAUCUGAAAAGCGAAAAAUCCCUUUCGGAGUCAAUUUUCACCAAGAUCACCGGAGACACAGUUCCACUUCAACCUCCACCAUCCUACACCAUCAGCGCUAUCCUUAACUCCGGCAGUUUUUCCGCCAAAGAAAACGAAGUCAGCAGCUCCGAGGAGAGCAUCAGCAGUCAACCGACGAAUGGUGAGAAGUCAGAAACGGACAUGCUGCUCGAAACUGCGGCCAAACUACUAUUCCUAGCUGUAAAGUGGGCUAAAUCGGUGCCAUCGUUUCUGCAGUUGCCAACCGCCGACCAGAAGGUGCUACUCGAGGAAUCGUGGGCGGAGCUGUUUGUCAUUACAGCGGCCCAAUGGGGGCUACCGAUCGAUAAUGAUUUCAUCACCCGCAAUCCAUCGGCCAGACGACUUCACGCCGCCAUUCAACAGUUCACCCUCGCGCGUGUCGACUACCGAGAGGCAGCAUGCUUGAAGGCUCUGAUUCUAUUUCGCUCGGAAAAUUCCAACCUCUACUCAUCGCACGAAAUUCUGCUGCUUCAAGAUCAAACCAUAAGUCUAUUGCACGAAAAGUGCGGUGGAGUCAGGUUGGGACACUUACUGCUCCUACUGCCAUGCAUAAAAUCAGCAGCGAAUCCGAAAACCUUACAGGAGAUGUUGUUUCGGAAGACAGUGGGCGAGGUCGCAAUAGAACGGCUAUUGGGCGAUUUGAUGAAAACUUAAAAUAGAGUCAUUGGUCAUCGUAAGUGUUUUCUCUUCGGAUAUCAUUCUAGUCAUGUAGCGCAAUAAAAUGGAUGUGAUUUAAAUGCAUUUUUAUGGUAAUUCUUAGAUGAAUAGAAAUAAAUUAUUCAAACAAA